AACAUUUCCCCUUACAUUUAUAAAGGACAAUUGACAGCAUUCCUUCCUUCAAACUGGGAUCAAGAUGAAGACUGUUUUAUUUCUGCUAUUUAUGAGUUACUUCUUUAUUCCUUCAGUUGUCCCCUUGCAAUGCUACAGCUGCAGCAAUGAAAAAAGCAACAAAAUCUGCAAUCAGAACCCACCUGUAAACUGCACAGGUAAUCAGGACAGAUGUAUGGUAUCCAAGGUCAGCGCAACUAUAUUUGGACAACAAAUAACUACUUUGACAAAAGGCUGCAUUGAAAGUUCAAAGUGUACUGGAACCAUCAGUGUCAUAGUCAUCAGUGCUGGCAAUAACUGCUGUGAGACGGACUUAUGCAAUGUGAAUGGUUCACUUACUUUCCAUGUAAACAAAUUGAUGCUUAUAGCUUCUGCAAGUCUCCUUUACAUGAUUCUCAAGCUGAUAAAUUAGUUUGGGCUUUAACGUGUAGAAUGCCGCUUCUGCUUGCGCAGGUCUAAUCACAAACCAUAUUACCAAUUUUACCUAGAGUUACAGUCCAUUACCAAAAGUUAGCUAAUUCAUGUUGAAGUUUAUGUCUCUGUAUUCAUGCCAUGACUUACUACAGUGAUCCCAUAUGAUCAAAAUGCAAUCAAAUGCUACCAGAUACUUACUAUCUUGUCACUCAAAAGAUAAGGCAAACCAGAUUAACAAUAUAAAUUAAACAAACUGAAGUAUAGUGAACACUUAGUGUCUUCAUGAGCAAUGUGACCUGUGAUCAUGGCCAAUAUAACACCGUUUGCAACUGUUCCAUAGGGUUAAAGUGGUGAUAUUGAAGUGGCCUCCAUUAAAACCACAUAGAGACACAUUUGCUGUAAGUAGUUGUACAACAAUAAGACAAGGCAGCACAGUGGCUCAAUCCAAGGACCUUCGUUCAAUUCCACCUUUGGGUGACUGUCUGUCUGGAGUUUGCACAUUCUUGCCUUGUCUGUGUGGGUUUCCUCCCAUAGUCCAGAGCUAUGCAGGUUAGGUGGAUUGGCCAUGGGAAAUGUGGGAUUGCAGGGAUAGGUAGGGGCUGGGUCUGGGUGCAUGCUCUUUGGACAGUCAGUGUGGACGUGAUGAGCCAAAUGACCUGCUCCUCACUGUAGGAAUCCUACGAAUCAUUGGCACAGUUAGUGGUCCUCUUGUUACUAUUGCAUUCAAUUGUAAGGUAAAACAAAACACAUCUCUGUCAUGCAUUUAUGUAAUUCUUCAUUAGAACUGUAAGUGGAUUCAUGUUUGUGAAGAAUCUAUUUGAGUAAUUUUACGAUAAUUGUCAAUAUAAUUUGCAAUUGUUAUGAUGUGAGAUAGAAUUGGUAAUGGUGACGUAAAGGUCUUGCCCAUCCCUACCUCUGCAGCCUUCUCUAAAGUUAUAGUUCUGUGAGAUCUCUACAUUGCUUCAUUUUCCCCAAAUUGAAUUAUUCCAUGAUUGACAGUUGUACCUUAAGCUGCCAAGACCUAAGCACUGGCAUUCCCUUGCUAAAUCUUUCCAUUUGUUUCUUUUGUAAGGCAUUCCUUCGAGUUUUUGAUUAUCUUUCCCAAUGUCCCUUCAUAUGCCUUGGUUUCAUAUUUUGCUUGAUAACAGUCUUGUGAUGCAUUUUGUUAAGUGAUACAUCAAUACAAGUUGUUAUUUUUAUUGUGGCAUUAAUGAAUAAAUAUAUAACAUGAA